AUGAAUGAAAGAAAUAAACAAAUAAAACAAGAUGAAAAAAAUAAACAAAUAAUUGAUAAAAAAGAAUAUAAAUGUGAGACUGAUAAUAUUAAAAAUAUACAACAAACAAUUAGUGAUAAUGAUUAUAAAUAUAAUUUAGAUUUUAUAACUAACGAUGAUAUAAGAAGUUCUGAACAUUCUAAAAAAUUUACAAAGUUUACGUUAAAUUAUAAAUUAUCUGAGGUUAUUGGAGAAGGAACAUUUGGUAAAGUUUACAAAACUGUAAAACAAGGAAAUUCUUUUGCAAUCAAAAAAAUUAAUAAGAAUGAAGAUGGUAUUCAUAUUACAACUAUAAGAGAAAUAAAAUUUUUGAGAAAAUUAAAUCAUAAAAAUAUCAUAAAUUUACUUGAAAUUAACACAGAUGGUUGUGACUUGUACCUUGUGUUUCCAUUUUAUCAAUUUGAUCUUUAUAUUUAUUUGAAGAGAAAUAUUCCAAAUAAAAAAGAAAUAAUUCACAUAAUAAAACAAAUCUCAGAAGGUUUAAAAUAUUUAAAAAAACAGAAUAUUAUACACAGAGACUUAAAAAGUAAAAAUAUACUUUUAGAUUUUAAUUUAAAUAUUAAAAUAGCAGAUUUUGGCAUGGCAACAGUGACAAAUAAGAACUCUUGUUAUUCACCAGGUGUAGUUACCUUGUGGUACAGGCCACCUGAAAUUUUGUUAAAUAUGAAAUAUAACUUUUCAUGUGAUAUUUGGGGAUUAGGAUGUAUUUUGGGUGAAUUAAUGCAAGGAUGGCCAUUGUUUCCAGGAAAUACAGAAAUUGCAGUUCUUGAAUACAUUGUUGUUUUAUGCGGAUCAAUUAAUUCUAAAACAUUGCCAGGAAUGAAAGACUUUGGUAUGCAAAUCCCGCAAUCAAAAAGAAAUUUAAAAAAAAAGUUUUGUUUUAACGAUGAAGAAUUAGUAAAUUUAAUGGAUAAAAUUCUUGCAAUUGGUCCGGAAAAAAGACCGACAAUAGAGGAAAUAUUACAAGAUAAGGUUUUUAUUGAUUAUGACGAAAAUUUUAUACAAAACAUAUCACUUAGAUAUGAAACUGGAUAUAAUUGUAUUAAAUAA